UCUCAUAUUGGGUAUUUGCAGUUUCUCCAGACACAGAGAGAAGAGAGGUCCCGGGCACGUAACUAUUACAAACCUGGAUAUUCAGGCGAAUAAAUGCCACCAAGUAUGACCAAGAGCUCGGCGAAUAAACUGACAAAUGGAGAUGUUUUCCACCGGACAUCCAACGGUAAGACAUCAUCGAGAAGGAACGGUUUCGUGAAGAAUCAUUGCUUGUUCCAACAACCGCAACAGAAGAAUCGGCGCCCGAGUGAGAACAACCAUGUUGUUCGUAACGCCAGCCUGUACAACAAAGCGUUUGUGGAGCAGUUUGAGGAGACUCCUCUGCUUGUGGCGGUUCUCACAUACAUGGGCUAUGGGAUCCUCACCAUCUUCGGGUACCUGCGGGACUUCCUCCGGCACUGGGGCAUGGAGAAGUGCCAUGUAGCCAGAGAAAGGGAAGAGCAGAAGGACUUUGUUCCACUGUACCAGGACUUUGAGAACUUCUACACCCGGAAUCUAUACAUGCGUAUCCGUGACAACUGGAACAGGCCGAUCUGCAGUGUUCCAGGAGCCAAGAUGGACCUGUUGGAGAGGGCCUCCAAAGACUACAACUGGACCUUCCAACACACAGGCAAGCUGGUGAAAGACGUGAUCAACAUGGGUUCAUAUAACUACCUGGGCUUUGCUGAGAACACUGGGAGGUGUGCCGACGCUGCCACAGAGUCCACCCACCACUAUGGCGUUGGAGUGGGUAGCACCCGCUAUGAGAUGGGUAACCUGGACAUCCAUGAGGAGUUGGAACAGCUGGUUGCUAGGUUCCUGGGGGUGGAGUCAUCUAUGGCCUUUGGGAUGGGCUUCGCUACCAACUCCAUGAACAUUCCAGCUCUGGCUGGGAAGGGCUGUUUGAUCCUGAGUGAUGAGUUAAACCAUGCCUCUCUGGUGCUGGGCGCUCGGCUGUCUGGAUCCAUCAUCAGAGUCUUCAAGCACAACAAUAUGGUGAGUCUAGAGAAGCUGUUGAGAGACGCCAUCGUCCACGGCCAGCCCAGAACACGCAGGCCCUGGAAGAAGAUCCUCAUACUGGUCGAAGGAAUAUACAGUAUGGAGGGAUCCAUCGUGCGUCUGCCUGAGGUGAUAGCCCUGAAGAAGCGCUACAAGGCCUUUCUCUACCUGGACGAGGCCCACAGCAUCGGGGCACUAGGACCUCGUGGUGGAGGGGUGGUCGACUACUUUGCUCUGGACCCCAAAGAUGUUGACAUCAUGAUGGGAACGUUCACUAAGAGCUUUGGUGCUGCUGGAGGGUAUAUCGGAGGAAAAAGGGAGUUGAUAGACUACCUGCGGUCCCACUCCCACAGUGCUAUCUACGCCACCUCCAUGUCCCCUCCUGUGUCCCAACAGAUCAUCACUUCUAUGAAGAUUAUCAUGGGGGAGGACGGUACCACUCUGGGUGUGGUUCGUCUGAGGCAGUUGUCAGAGAACACUACGUAUUUCAGGAGGAAACUCAGAGAGAUGGGCUUCAUCAUCUAUGGCAACGAUGACUCUCCUGUUGUACCCAUGAUGCUCUACAUGCCCGCCAAGAUCGGGGCGUUCGGUAGGGAGAUGUUGAAGAGGAACAUUGGGACGGUGGUGGUUGGCUUUCCGGCCACGCCCAUCAUAGAGUCCAGGGCCAGGUUCUGUGUGUCUGCUGCCCACACCAGAGAUAUUUUGGACACGGCGUUGGAGGCCAUCAGUGAGGUAGGAGAUAUAUUACAGCUGAAGUAUUCUAGACACCAGAGACGUCCUCAUCUCCCCUCUUCCCUGGGUUCAUGGUCGUCUGAGGAGAGUCUGCUCCAGGAGCCCAGCCACGUCAAGCCUUCUGUCAUCUCGUCACCCAAUCACAGAGCUGCUUUCUAUAUGUCCUUAUUUUGAAACCCCUUCCUAUGGAUACCCUCUUUAUAAGGUAUCAUAAGUGCAUCCAUAAUGCCUUAUGAGCUAUGUAUAUUGCAUUAUAAUCCUUAUGAGCUAUGUAUAUUGCAUUAUAAUCCUUAUGAGCUAUGUAUAUUGCAUUAUAAUGCCUUAUGAGCUAUGUAUAUUGCAUUAUAAUGCCUUAUGAGCUAUGUAUAUUGCAUUAUAAUGCCUUAUGAGCUAUGUAUAUUGCAUUAUAAUGCCUUAUGAGCUAUGUAUUAUGCAUUAUAAUGCACAAAAUAGGUUUAAUACCGGACGUUUUUCUAUUUAUUGCAAAUUCCCUAUAGUAUUUCAAUCUGCCUUGUUUUGGGGAAGAUGUUUCUAAUAUAGUAUCUCUGACAUUUCUUCAGUGCAAGUACUACUGAUGGGCAUUGGAAAUGCAAAGAUGAUGUAGCCUUACUGAAACGAUGGGCUUUACGACUGGCUAGCGACGGGCUUUACGGCUGGCUAACGACGGGCUUUACGGCUGGCUAACGACGGGCUUUACGGCUGGCUAACGACGGGCUUUACGGCUGGCUAACGACGGGCUUUACGGCUGGCUAACGACGGGCUUUACGGCUGGCUAACGACGGGCUUUACGGCUGGCUAACGACGGGCUUUACGGCUGGCUAACGACGGGCUUUACGGCUGGCUAACGACGGGCUUUACGGCUGGCUAACGACGGGCUUUACGGCUGGCUAACGACGGGCUUUACGGCUGGCUAACGGCGGGCUUUACGGCUGGCUAACGGCGGGCUUUACGGCUGGCUAACGGCGGGCUUUACGGCUGGCUAACGGCGGGCUUUACGGCUGGCUAACGGCGGGCUUUACGGCUGGCUAACGGCGGGCUUUACGGCUGGCUAACGGCGGGCUUUACGGCUGGCUAACGGCGGGCUUUACGGCUGGCUAACGGCGGGCUUUACGGCUGGCUAACGGCGGGCUUUACGGCUGGCUAACGACUGCUUGGUUUGAAGGAAGCGUCUUUUUACCGCCGACUGUCUCAAGGAUUCUUCUUAUCUGAUAUGAUAUUCCAGAAUUAACUGAUUUUGUUUUGGCUGGCUUGUAUAUUUGUUAUUUUAUUUUGUGUAAAUUAUAUAUUUGAUUUUCAAUGGGACAACCUAUGGGUCAUUUCAAGUGUAAUAUUGUGAUAAGUCAAAUAUCCGGUUUGUAGUUGAGGUGUGUGAGUGUAGAAAUGUAUCGAACAGAACUGAGGCUAGCACUGUGAUCAUUCCACCACUACAAGCUCCUGACAUUUUAAAGUGUCUAGAAUUUGUUUAACAGUAAAACUGAAACCUUGUUGAUUCUGCAUUGUAUUUAGUUCAAGCUGGGUGGGCCCAUGUAGUUAGUCUCUCUUGGUCCCGAAUGGCACUCUUUUUCCUAUAGUGUACUACUUUUAACCACAGCAUUAGCCAAAUGUAGUGCACUAUAUAGGCAAUGGGGCACAAUUUGGGAUGCCUACUCAGUAUCCUGUUCCCAUCUCUAUUGAGACAGGAUGUGAUUGCUGAUAUCCAGCAACAUGAUCUCAGGAAGGCUUUUUACAUUUCUACAAAGCAAAUAACAUUUUGCUUCAUAUGUCAUUAAUCACUGGCCCAUUUUGUUUUUUAAGUAAAUGUGUUUUUAAAAUGAAAAGAUUAAAAAGUUAUUUGAUGUAAAAUGACAUUGUUUAACCAGCAAUGGGAGAGAUUUGUGAACUGACCUACUAUGUACGCGGCUGUAUAAAUCCUGUAUGUUAUCAGUAGGCUUUUACCCUUGGCAAGUUCAAUGUUUGGAGAUAGUUAGUGUUGAAAGAUAAACCAUUUGAGGUUUUUGAAGCAAUGGUGUGUGUUAAACCGUGCUGUUGGAAACGGUGCUGAGAUUAAAUCUGUCUUUGUUUGUAUCAAGCUCUAGGUUAGCUUUGUCUUUUGGCAAAGGUCUAUAUACAUACGCACGAUGUGUAAUGUCAUCUAUCGGAAAGUCUUUACAGAAUGAAUACCAUUAAAUGACUUACAACCUGUUUGUAUCUUAAAGAAGA